CUAUAUAUAUAGUAGGAGUAUAUAGUAUUACUUAGUUGAAUCAAACACUAGCUAAAGCAGCCAAACAAGGAUCUCAAGUGCAGUCAUGGCAGUUUCUUCAUCAUUUUACGACAGGCAAAUUAUGAAUGACACAUCGGAACAUAGAAGAAGGAUGGAAGCUGGAAGGAAUAGAUUACCAGGACAGAAAGACGAAUACCAGAAAUACACCCCACUGCUAAAAGCCGCACUGAGAGGCGAUUGGGAUUCGGGAAGCAGCCAAGAAAUUCUUCGCCCAAGACCCAAAGGCGAUCACGGCUCCAAUCACAAGGGAAUUAGAGUCAGCGCUUUACAUGGCCACUGGCACCGGACCGGCGGCGAUCUAUUUCGUGGCGGAGUUGCUGAAACUGAUGCCGGCCGAGGCGUUGGCACAAGGCGAUAUCGCCGGAAACACCCCCCUCCACCUCAGCGCGUGGGUCGGAAACACCACGGCUGCAGUCCUCUUGUUGGCGAAGAACCCGGGUUUGCUGCGCAUCAGGGAGGAGCGGGGGUGGUUGCCGGUUCAUUUUGCGGCGAUUCAUGCGAAAAAGGAGACGCUUUCGUAUUUGUUGAAGGUUACGUUUAAGGAUGAUGCGGCUAUGAGAACGCUUUUCUUCUCCCCAUCUGGGUCGACCGAACCGUCUGGUACCGAUCUUCUGAUCCAUGUUAUAACUUCCGGAUUCUAUGAUUUAGCUUUGGAUUUGGUUCAUCGUCACCCCCAAUUGGCUAUAUCACAGACACCCAAUGACAAUGACUCUGGUUUGGGAGCAAUAGCCAGGAAAGUGCAGGCAUUUCCAAGUGGCACGAAACUGAAUUUUUGGGAACGCAUUAUUUAUACUCAGGUUCCGGUGAAGUUGGAGAAUUAUGCUGAAGACCCCAGUGGAGUUGAGAUAGAGAAUCCAGUUAACAACAAACAAUUGCCGGUGCAAAAGUAUCAAUGGGCUUGCUUCAUAGGGAAAGCAUUCUCCAUGCCUGUGAGCCAAAAAUCGCAAGCUGUGCUUUGGAAAGUCAUUUCUCUAUUAGUGCCUGGAGUGCAACGCAUUCGAGAGCAAAAACAGAUGCAUCAGCAUGCACUUCAACUAGUCAGAUUCCUGGUUAAAGAAAUAGUGAUUUUGAACGACUUGAGCAUGUAUGAUUCACUUGAGACAAAAGUGGUUGUUAAUGCAGCAAGGCUGGGGAUUCACGAGGUUGUAGAAGAGAUUGUGGAAUCAAUUCCCAAAUUAGCUUGGGCUCGAGACUCAGAGUGUCGUAGCAUAUAUCAACGGGCGGUGAUGGAGCGUCAUGAGAAUGUCUUCAACCUCAUAUAUCAGAUGAGCGACCAUAAACACAGUGUAUCAAUGAAUAUAGACGAGUCUGGGAACAAUAUCCUGCACAUAGCUGGACGAUUGGCACCUCUUGACAAACUCAACCAAGUUUCCGGUGCAGCUCUUCAAAUGCAGCGCGAGUUACAAUGGUUUAAGGAAGUGGAGAAGUUUGUAAGACCCAGUUAUAUAGACAGGCCAAACGUACAAAAUGAAACACCAGCAAUGGUAUUUACAAGAGAACAUGAGAAGUUAGUAGUUGCAGGUGGGGAAUGGAUGAAAAACACAGCAAAUUCAUGCACCAUUGCAGCAGCGCUUAUUGCCACCGUGGUAUUUGCAGCUAUAAUUACUGUUCCUGGAGGCAACGAUGACUCGAACGGCCUUCCAAUUUUCUCUAAAGAAAUUGCAUUCACCGUCUUUAUCAUUUCAGAUGCACUUUCUCUGUUCACAUCCACCACUUCUCUAUUGCUGUUCUUGUCCAUCUUGACUGCUCGUUAUGCAGAAGGUGAUUUUCUCCAUGUUCUUCCCAAAAGGCUGAUAAUUGGACUUGUCACUCUAUUCCUCUCUAUAACAACCAUGAUGGUGGCCUUCAGCUCUACGCUAUGUCUUGUGUUCGGACAACUAAAAGCAUGGAUACUUUUUCCUGUGGGUGCAUUAGCAUGUUUACCUGUCACGUCUUUUGUGCUUCUUCAGUUUCCGCUCCUUGUGGAUCUCAUCUCUUCAACAUACGGCCAUGGAAUUUUUGGCAAGCAAAGUGAUCGACAGUUCUUUUGAGAUCAAUAUAGUAAUGAAGAAUUCCAAGCAUAUAUCAUCAUCUGAUGACAUUAUAACUAAUAUCAUCAACAACUAGUGCAUGUUCUACGCGAUGUAGACUAGUUAAUAUUUGAUCUUAGCUGUCUGAGAAUAUCAACCUUUUCUUCUUC